AUUGGCCGGUGCUCAGCUUUAAUUUAUGCAUUGCAUGCUGUUGAAAUGGGUUAUUAAAAACAUAAUAACUACAUGUUGUAGAUGGUUCUGCGAGUGGUCUGGAGUUGAAGAACUGAAAUAUUUACAGUAGAAAUUAGCAUUUCUGUGCUGAAACUCAGAUUCCUGCCAGAAUAACUUUCAUGUAAAACUAAAAGCAGCCUAAUGUUUAAAAUCGUGUAAAAGCCCUUAAGGUAAGCUGCUAUGGCAUUUUUUAGAUUAGAUUUCACACUUUUUGGUCAGGAUUGAACUCUAGCUAUUUAAAGAGCCAUCUGCAGCAGUUAGAAACUCACAACCCUCCAAGGCUAAGGCCACACAAUGUAACAAAGGAUUCGAGAAAUAAAUAAUUCACAAGGUUAGCCCUUCCUGGGUGUACAGUGACAUCCUGUGUUGUUCAAGAGGACUGUGGAACUUUUAAGGAUCAUUUCUAACAAAACCAUGGUGAAGUUAUCACAGGAUCACACGUACUGCCCAAAUAUUCAUAGGCGGGUUUGUAAAAGUCACACACAUAUGCUCACUGUAUGAAAAUAAAUGACACAAAGCUACGUUUAUAGGGAGUUUUUUCCCCCUGUGUGUAGAGAAUUCACCAGCAGGACGGAGAAUGAGAUUGGAGCAAAACAAAGAAGUAAGAGAGAAUAGCUGUGGAAUACUUGAAACCGGGGUGUUAGAGGAGAUUCUAAACUCUUCACCUUCCCUCUGCACAAAAGAGCUUUAUACCUCUCUGACACAUGAAAGCCAAACUCAACCUGAUAUUUCCUGAUCUGCAACAGGUGAUACCAAAGAAAAUAAGUACUUUUGUGCGUGUUUAAAGGCUGCAAUAUGAUCUCAGUGGGGCAGAAACACAUCGCUCUGCCCAGAUCCCACUCCUCUGGCUGUGGAUAGAAGGGCUGGGAAUGAGAUCCCAUAAGUAUGUAUUAAGUUUAUAAUCCCAGUGAUGCAGGGAAGAGGAAAUGGUAAUCAGAUUUGUCUGUGACACCACAAUUUCAUCCUGCACACUGGCGUGGUUGUUUAGAUUCAAAAAUAGAUGGAAUUUCAUGUAUUCUGACGUCAAAUCAUUGCAUAUCAGUGUAGAGGAUUACUUAAAACACACUCCUUUAAUUAAUUUUUUAUCUUAUAGGUCAAAGAAUAUAUAGAAUACUGCAGAAACGUGUGUGUGUGUGUGUGUGUGUGUUAUUGAGAGCAGCUCGUGAUGUGAGACAGAUGGUCUGGCAGCAGCAUUCUGCACUAAGCUAAUGAAGAGAGCGUGUAUCGUGAAUUUCGGUUCUUUUCUCUUUUCUUAACCACAUUGGUCAUGUGACUCAAGUGUCCCAGCCGCUCACUUCCUUUUAUCUUUUCCUCUAAAAUCCACUGUUAUCAGUCACUAAAGACCUUUACCCUGUUGAGACCAGACACCAAGGAGCUGGGACGGGUCAGAAGUACUUGAAUUAAAACCAGCUCAAUAGAAGCAAGCGGGCAAUCAGCUGUUUGACCCCUCCUGGACCACACAGCACCACAGUCACCAACAACCAAGAGGAACUAACCGCUUGAGGGACCAGAAAGGGCUUUUAAUAAAUGGCUGAUAAACAGAUCAGUUUGCCUGCCAAAUUGAUUAAUGGAGGGAUCGCCGGCCUGAUUGGAGUGACCUGUGUGUUUCCCAUUGACCUGGCCAAGACUCGUCUGCAAAACCAGCAAAAUGGAUCUCGCCUUUAUACCAGCAUGUCAGAUUGCCUUAUUAAGACCAUCAGGUCAGAGGGGUACUUCGGGAUGUAUCGAGGAGCUGCGGUGAACCUAACGCUAGUCACACCAGAGAAAGCCAUUAAAUUGGCUGCUAACGACUUCUUCAGGCAUCACCUCUCUAAGGAUGGAAAACUCACUCUGCUCAAAGAGAUGCUGGCCGGGUGUGGGGCAGGUACAUGCCAGGUUAUUGUAACAACUCCUAUGGAGAUGCUGAAAAUCCAGCUUCAGGAUGCUGGAAGGCUUGCUGCUCAGAGGAAGCUCAUGCCGGAGACGGUGGCUGCAGGCACCGUGGAGACCAAGUCCCCCACAGCCAUGCAGCUAACCAGACAAUUACUGAGGGAAAAGGGCAUAGCUGGGCUUUAUAAGGGCCUCGGUGCCACAUUGCUCAGGGACGUUCCUUUCUCCAUCAUCUAUUUCCCCCUUUUUGCCAACCUGAAUAACUUGGGCAAACGGGGCGCCGAGGGCCCAGCUCCUUUCUACGUGUCGUUUGUCUCCGGCUGCGUUGCAGGAAGCACAGCGGCCGUUGCUGUCAACCCCGUUGACGUAAUAAAGACUCGGCUGCAGUCCCUGAACCGAGCGAGCACAGAAGACACGUACAGUGGAGUGACCGACUGCAUCAGGAAAAUCAUGCGCAACGAGGGUCCGGCGGCCUUCCUGAAGGGAGCGUACUGUCGAGCCCUGGUCAUUGCACCGCUGUUCGGCAUUGCACAGGUGGUAUACUUCCUGGGCGUGGGGGAAUUUAUCCUCAGCUUCUUGCCUAAAAAAGACAACUAAGAAGCCCCUUCUUUCUGCCUUCCCUCCCACGAUGCAUCACUUCAACUACAUGAGAAUUCAUCUUAUUCUUGAGAAAGUUAAUUAUUUUUUUGAGGUUGAUGAAUGACCAGUUAUUGUUUUGUUUUUUUAAUUUGUUGUGUUGAAUGUUCAAAAAGUUCAGAAGGGAGCCUUUGUUUGCCAAGAUGCCUGUGGUGGCACACAAGUUUCCAGGAGGCAGGCUCAGCUACAGAAGCUCUCUGGAAACCAAGCCACAAAUAUCAGACUACAAGAUAUUUUUGUUGUGUUUUUGAAGAUGAUUGUUGUGUCUUUUAAUCAGACGUGCUGCUCUUGGCUGCUGCAGUCCUGCAAGUGCUGAUUAUUUUUUAGAAGUUGAGCAACAUUUUAUUGCCAGAGAAUCCCUUGGUGAAAUUGUGACUUGGCGUUUUAAAUUGGCGGUUAAUAGCACAAUCUUCUGUUAGGAGGAUAUUUGAGAAGUUCAAAAAAUGCAGACUGUAUGUCUGAGAAGAUGAAAUGGCUGCAACUGGAGAAAAACAAGCCUUAAGAGGCUGUUUCGGUCCCUGGCAACGUGUUGAUGUGAGACCAGCACAAUCCCUCUGAUCUUUCUUCAGAAGCCACUUCCCUUCCUGUACAGUAAGUGGUUGUAAUGAACUCAGCCUUUCAGCUCAGAGCAGGCUUUGAUUGCCUUGGCUUUUUAAGUAGAUCAGGUUCCAUCUGAUAUUUAGCACGGCCACAAUGGUUGGACUGUUUUACCUCUGAACGACGUCUUUGUUUCCUGGUUACGAACCAGACGGAAGAAAACUGCUUACACGAUCACCAAAAGCAGCUGUCUUUUUGUUUUUGGUCAGAACCCUUGCACAUCUGGCCAGACUCCACUCAGUGAGGUCACAGCUGGAGUUUAUGCAUCUUCAUGUGAUGGGAAACGCCCGCUGUGACAUGACUGACCAAAGCCUCGUCUUGAGUUCAGAGCGCCCUGGCAGUUUUCGGCUCUGUUUGGGAACAGCUGAGGAAUGAAAUCUCUAAAAAAAGGCAAAUUAUUAUUAAAUAUUCUGUCUUGCGGUGCAUCCGUGUGCAUCGUGGAGCCAGUUUUUCUCCUUUGAUGCAAACAUAUGAUUUUUAUUUGUUUACAGCAGAGUUAUCGCUAGACUUAAAGCUUUGUCCAAACUUGAAUUGAGUCGCACGACCCCAAAGAGCAAACAAAACUCUGUCUUCAUCUGAAAAUCUAAUUGUUGUGUUCUCAGUGUUGUCUGAGUUUUACCAAAUGUAUCUUUGCUGAUUUGCUUUAGAUGGGUUUGUUUGCGUUAAGCUUCCAAGGGGAAAAAUAGAAAACACCGAAGCCCUGCUAUUGAUUCAUCCCACCGGAGAUCAAGGUGACUUUGAUGUUUAUCAUCCAAUCACAUUCCUUCCUUGCUCCCACUGGUCAAGCAGCUCUUCGGUGGUCCUGUGCAACUUUUUGGUGUAAUAUUCGUGGGAGUGAGCUUUUAUUUAUCGAUAUUUCUUUCUUAGAUCUUUGUAUAUUUGUACGUGUUGUGUUUUUGUUUGUUUCUGUGUCAAAUAGUCCACUUUAUCUAGAUUGUACAUAUGCAGAUGAAAUGAGUUUUCUGUUAGAUUUUAUUGUUUUGUACAUGAUGGCUGUUUUGCACACCUACCUCCCCCCUUCAGCUCAUAUCGUAGUGAUUUUAUGUUAUGAUGUGGAGAGAAAAAAAAGAAGGAACAGAAAUGAAACUAUGAAUAUAAAUGCAGCAGAUGUUUUUGUUUACUGAACGCCAAGGGGAACACUAGUGUAGAUCUUUGAUGGUUCUGCUGGAGGUGCCAUCUCUCGUGUUAUCGGUAAAACCUGCAGUUUUCUUCUGUUUAAUUAUAGGACCAAACGAUAAAUCUUAUUGCUGAUCGUUCACAGCGAACAUUUAGCUACGCUCGUAGAAACGGACUGAACUGAGAUGCUCGGUAGAGUUUGUGUUAAUGCUUCUGUCUGAAUGGUGCUUCUUUUCCACGACGUAGCCGCAGAACGACAGCGACUGCACUAAGAACCGAGGCUUCACUGCCUGAAUGUGAGAUAAUCUUCGUGUUGUCUUACUGUACCUGAAAGCCAUAGUCAGGGAGGGACCAACACCGUCCGAUGAUAACGGCUAAAGACAACAGCAAAACGACUCUCCCACUCAUGUGAGCUUCUUGUAUUAUUUUUGAUUUACAUUCCAACCUGAUCCACGCCUACUUUUUGUGUUAUUGAGAUUAUUAGGAUUUUAUUUUUUAACCCUCAUCCCUUCUACACUGUCUUCAGAUCAGUUUUUAUAGUUGAAUCCUGAAAGUGUUUGGUUUUAAUUCAGCUGUGACUUUGUGCAUUUGGUUUUGUUUGUGCGUGUGUUUGUGUGUGUGUGUGUGUGUGUGUGUGUCUGACCGUGUGGUGCCGUAGUUGAUGUGUAGUUGUUGUUAGAGUUACACUCAGAUAUUUUUCCUCUUUACUCCCUCUGUGUUGGUACUCGACCUGGCAUCCAUCAGAGUGCGGAUCAUUGCCGAGGAGGUUUAUUUUAAACACCAAAAGGAUGACUUAGAGUGUACACUCAAAGAAAGCACAAAGGACUAUUAUUAUUAUUGUUAAGACAACACUCUUAAUAAUAUCUGAAUACUGUAGGGAGCUCGGUGUUCUAAGAUUUAUUUCUGAGUGACCCUUUUUGAUCAUAUUUAUCUGUGAAACCAGAGGGCUGAGACACACCCACACAAUGGUGUCCACUAUGUUAACCCUCAGCAGUAUAGCCACAAAAAUGUAAGUUGCCUAUAUGCAUCAGAUAUAAGAAUGUAACUUAGAUAUUAUGAGAUGUAUUAGAAUUAUUGUGAAGAGUUUAUUACAUAUUCAUCUAAUGAUUUGUGCUUUAAAUGUUCACUGAAAUUUAAAAUAAAAAUUCACAAACCAGCUUACUGUUAUGCAAUAAGUAGAAGCCACACACAGAUGCACACAAAGUAAAGAUGAGACACGUAACAUCACACAGUGUAUGACUAGUGCAGCCAGGAAGCUUAGAGGUCUUUUUGGGGCCCUGAGCUCACCUCACAGCCCCCCAUUCUCUUCCUCCAAGAGGAAUCGUGCAGUGAAAAGCACUUUAAACAAAUGAUAUACACUCAACAAAAAUAUAAACACAACACCAUUGUUUCUGCUCCGGUUUUUCAUGAGAUGGACUUAAAGAUCUAAAAUUCAUUCCAGAUACACAAUAUCACCAUUUCUCUCAAACAUUGUUCACAAAUCAGUCUAAAUGUGUGAUAGUGAGCAUUUCUGCUUUGCUGAGAUAAUCCAUCCCACCUCACAGGUGUGCCACAUCAAGAUGCUGAUCCGACAUCAUGAGUAGUGCACAGGUGUACCUUAUACUGCCCACAAUAAAAGGCCACCCUGGAAUGUGCAGUUUUGUCUCACAGCAAAAUGCCACAGAUGCCACAAGCACUGAGGGAGCGUGCAAUUGGCAUGCUGACAGCAGGAAUGUCAACCAGAUCUGUUGCUCGUACAUUGAAUGUUCAUUUCUCCACCAUAAGCCGUCUCCAAAGGUGUUUCAGAGAAUAUGGCAGUACAUCCAACCGGCCUCACAACCGCAGAUGACGUGUAACCACACCAGCCCAGGACCUCCACAUCCAGCAGGUUCUCUUUCAAGAUCGUCUGAGACCAGCCACUCAGACAGCUGCUGAAACAAUUGGUUUGCAUAGCCAAACAAUUUCUGCACAAACUGUCAGAAACCGUCUCAGGGAAGCUCAACUGCAUGCUCGUCGUCCUCAUCAGGGUCUUGACCUGACUCCAGCUCGUCACCGUAACAGACUUGAGUGGGCAAAUGCUCUAAUUCAAUGGCGUCUGGCACGUUGGAGAGGUGUUCUCUUCAUGGAUGAAUUUCGGUUUACAUUGUUCAGGGCAGAUGGCAGACAGCGUAUGUGGCGUCGUGUGGGUGAGCGCUUUGCUGAUGUCAGUGUUGUGGAUCGAGUGGCCCAUGGUGGUGGUGGGGUUAUGAUAUGGGCAGGCAUCUGUUAUGGACAAAGAACACAGGUGCAUUUUAUUGAUGGCUUGUUGAAUGCACAGAGAUACCGUGAUGAGAUCCUGAAGCCCAUUGUUGUGCCGUACAUAGAUGAACAUCACCUCAUGUUUCAGCAAGAUAAUGCACGGCCCCAUGUUGCAAGGAUCUGUACACAAUUCUUGGAAGCUGAAAAUAUCCCAGUUCUUGCAUGGUCAGCAUACUCACCGGACAUGUCACCCGUUGAGCAUGUUUAGGAUGUGCUUGACCGGCGUAUACGACAGCGUGUACCAGUUCCCACUAAUAUCCAACAACUUCGCACAGCCAUUGAAGAGGAGUGGACCAACAUUCCACAUGCCACAAUUGACAAUCUGAUAAACUCUAUGCGAAGAAGAUGUGUUGCACUGCAUGAGGCAAAUGGUGGUCACACAGAUACUGACCGGUUCUGAGUCCCCAGACCCCCAAUAAAGCAAAAAACUGCACUUUCCAGGGUGACCUUUUAUUGUGGGCAGUAUAAGGUACACCUAUGCACUACUUAUGAUGUCAGAUCAGCAUCUUGAUGUGGCACACCUGUGAGGUGGGAUGGAUUAUCUCAGCAAAGCAGAAAUGCUCACUAUCACACAUUUAGACUGAUUUGUAAACAAUGUUUGAGAGAAAUGGUGAUAUUGUGUAUCUGAAAUGAAUUUUAGAUCUUUAAGUCCAUCUCAUGAAAAAUCGGAGCAGAAACAAAGGUGUUGCGUUUAUAUUUUUGUUGAGUGUAUAUACUCCCUUGUCACGCUGUCAAUCUGCAAAGCCUCUGUGACAGAGAGCGUUUAUGUGGUGAAUGGCACAGUUGUUUGCAAUGCAAUGGGAAAAGAAAACAAUUGUUUCUUGUCACAACUUACUGUUCAAUAAACUGACUGUCCUCAAAUUGA